UGAAUCUAUUUGAUAUUUCUCUUAUGAAAACAUGGUAUCAAGAACCACACAUGCAAAUGGUAGUAGCAUCUUCACAUCAUAAAUAUGGAGAGGAGAGAGAAAUUAGAGGAUGCUCCAUUUCCACCUCUCCUAAUGCAACCUCCCACCCAUCCCUCCCCCUCCGUCUACCGCGGCGUGCGGAAGCGGCGCUGGGGGAAAUGGGUGUCCGAAAUCCGGGAGCCCAAGAAAAAGACCCGAAUCUGGCUAGGGUCUUUCCCGGCUCCCGAGAUGGCGGCCAGGGCGUACGACGUGGCCGCCUACUGCUUGAAGGGCGAUAAAGCGCAGCUCAAUUUCCCCGACGACAUCCACCUCUUGCCCCGCCCCUCCACCAGCGCUGCCAGGGACAUACAGGCCGCGGCAGCGCUGGCGGCCAACAUAGCCGCGGAGCAGACUGGCGUAGUCUGUUCCGCGGCUGAAGGGGGCGGGGAGGAUUUUUGGGCGGAGAUUGAGCUGCCGGAGUUGAUAAGUGAUCAUCAUGAAUAUUCGUCGCCGGAGAAUUGGUGUUGGAGUUCUACCUAUGGAGAGUUCAAUGCUGAUGCUAAGUUUAUUUAAUUAUAUUCUUUAUGGUUGUGUAUGAUUUGUUGUAUAUUUGAAUAAAUAAGUGAACAUAUGUAGUUUGAUUUGUUGUAUAUUUGAAUAAAUAAGUGAAACAUAUGUAGUUUGAUUUGUUGUAUA